AUGAGCGCAGAAGCGGCUGGCGCUCAAGCGGACGCGCAUCCGUCGGCCGCGCUGUUUCGGGCAGCUGCGCUCACCAACUGUCCGGCAGCAAGACCCAGCGACGAGACGAGACGCAUCUCGGACAAACGUCAGGUCGCUGCUGCCACCUGCUUGUGCUCAUCCAACAGGCUCGCGAGCCACAACCACCUCUGGACGAUACCAUCGCCAUCCGACCUCCUUGCCGGCCCGGCUGCUCGCUCGACGGACAGCAUCCAUAUCGGCGACCGUCUUCGCAGUCCAAGUCGCCAUCGCUCUUCGCUCCGGAAAUCAUCGUCGCAUCGCGCGCCUCCUUGCUCACCAGCUAGCUCCAUCCACGUCUCUGCGCCUCGUAUUGCGCCUCAAGUCUUGCUGGCUCAACCUCAAAGCCCACUACGUAUGAGCGAGGAAAGGUCGGGAGAGGGCGCCGUCGCCAGUCCUCCUCCUGCCGAGCAAAAGGCGACCACCACCGUCGAUGCAUUCAGCAACAUCAACAACUCUUCUGCGGAUGCCCCUGCGUCUGUGACGGCUCACGAUUCCAACGCUGCAUCCGCCAUUCCGGCCUCGAGCUCAGAGCGUGAUGUCGAAGCGCUGACAGCAGUGCACGAGCGCAGCGAGCCUUCCCUCGAAUCCAAUGCCGCACAAUCCGCCGCUUCGAACAAUGUAGCUGCUUCCGCUGCCGCCGCAGCAGCACAGGCGGCCGGUGCGCCUCUCAAAAAGUUCACCUCGCUCAACGUCAACAAGCGCUUCCUCGAAAAGGCCGGUCCAGCCCCCGCCGCAUCGUCACCCACGCUCAAGGUCGGCACCUCGGUCUCGCCCAGCCCUUCGCACCGCAUCUCCUCCCCUUUAGCCUCGUCGCGCUUGACUUCCGCAAAGCUUUCUAGCGUGCCCAAACCUCAACCCGCAGGAUGGGCGACCACAAAGCCUUCAACGCCCGCUCUCAAGGCGGCAAUGGCCCCGGCACAGCCUGCAGCGACCGCCGCUGCUUCCACGGCUCCAACUCCCGUCGCCGACCCAGCAGCUGCGGCCCAACCAAGCUCCUCCAACCCUCUACCGUCAGAGGCGUCAGCAUCUCCGCCAAAAACUGUCACCAGUCCGAAACCGGCCAACUCCGCUGCCGUCCAGUCGGCCAGUGUCCCCGCAGCUGCCGCCGCGUCAGGCGCCGCCGCUUCGCCACGACUCGUCAGCAUGGGAAGGGACUCGCCCAGACCCGGUUCUGCCGGGCUUGAAAGUGGUUCUGGACAAGGCAGAGCGAGUCCUGGCCUCCGCAAUGCCGCGCUCGGCUCUUCAUUGCGCGCUGCCAGUCCCGCCAGUGUAAGCCGCGCGCCCUGGGCCGGCGUCAAGUCCAGUCUCUCGCCCAUUCCCACGCCUGCUGCUCGAGGCACAACGCUGUCCGACUUCCCCACCGCCGCCGAAGCUGCGAAAGCAAAGCAAGAGCAGGAGGAAAAAGCCGCCGCUGCCGCCGCACGCGAGGCCGCCAAGCAGCAGGCCGCCCUUCAGGCGCUCGACCGCUUCCGCGGCACGUCGCUCGGCUCGGGCAAGCACUGGGACGAGAUGGAGGACGAGGAUGGCGGCUUCCUUGGCGAGGUCGUCGAGUUCGGCGACGGCUCGCAGUACAAGAUCCCCACCCACGCCAACAACGACGCGCGCGACAACGACGAAGACGGUCCGCCCGUUUCCAAGGAAGAUCGAUUCAAGGAUGUCAGUCACGACCGCAGCUGGCCUCAGCGCCAGCCAACUCGACCUUCCGCCGCCGCGCCGAACGAGCGCCCCAGACCAGCCGCUGCUCAGCCUCCCGCCUGGGGUCCAAUGAAAAAUCGCGAUGUUCCACCUUCUGCGACGGGCGAAAGUGGCCAGGCCGCAGCAAGGCCCUCGCGCUCGGAACAACGCGCCGAAAGGGUCAUCAUCCCCACCACGGGCGCAUCCGUCUCGCUUCGCUCGCCCAUCGAAUCGCGCGAUCCCUCGGCUUAUUCUUACGGCCGAGAUCGCAGGCCUGGUGCUGGUGGCCCCGGUGGCCCAGGUGGCUAUGGAGGACGACAGGACGCACCAGCUGCUCCGGCUGCGCAAGCCGCCUCCGCGCAGGCUGUCCGAGCCUGGGGUCCUUUGGCUCAAAGGCAUACAUCUCUCAACCCCGGCGCCGCACCGCCUCCCACCGCUCCAGUCAAAGCUGCUCCAUCGGCACAGCCGACCGCGCUGCCGCAGCCCAAAUCUGCUGCUGCUUCGGAACCCUACCGACCCGCCGCCGUGCCGGCUUCAGCACAGCAGCAGCCACCUCUUGCACAGCAACAGCAACAGCAGCAAGAGGCACCUCGCGCCAUUCUUCCGCCGCGCGAGAGGGCUCCCCUGCCUUCGAGAGAGGCGCCAGUUCCCGCCACGGGCCCAGCAACCACCAAUGGCAGGCCUCUGCCCCCUCACCUUGCGAGUGCAGGCCCUGCUGCUCAGGCCAGUCGGCCGCUGCCGCCUCAUCUCGCUCAAAAUCUGCGCCCCGUUGCGCCAGCGGCUCCCGUCGACAUGGUCGGGCGCAAGACUUCGCACGCUAUUGAGGAGAUGCCGCGACCAAGUGGUCAGCAGGAACCUGUCGCCCCACGCGCAGAUGGGCCUGCCAGGCCGCCCUGGGGUCCCAAAGCUGCUGCAACCCCCACACGCGCGCCUGUGGCUGAUGCAGCCGGAGCUGAGGCUCCCGCAUCGGCACCAUCCGCUGCUCCUCCAGCGCCGCCUUCUGCACCCGAGGAAGACGUUCACGCAGCCAUCGAGCGAGCCCGCAAGAGGCGAGAAGAGGAGGAAAAGGCGAGGCUGGCCGAGAAGGAACGUGCCAAGCAAAAGGCACUCGCCAUCGAAGAGAGGAUCAAAGCGGCCCAGCAGCAGCGAGAGAGAGAGGCUGCUGCGCAGAAGGCCGCUGCUCAGAAGCGAGCUGUCGAGGAAGCGGCGGCAGCAGCAGCCACCGUUGCUGCCGCUGCGUCCGCUGCCGCCGCCGAGAACGCGGCUGCCAGGAAGCAAGCUCCUGCCGACAUCGCCGCAUCUUGGAGGAACGCGCGCCCAGUCGAUGCGGCGGUUGACCCGGCGAGGUCACGUAGGCAGCCAGCUCCGGCCGCUCCCAAGAACCAGAUCGCGGCUCAGACUCAAGAUGCUGCCGUGAAUGUAGCAGACAUCGAACGCCAGCCGUCACGACGGGAGCAGAGGGAGGCACUUCGCAGGGACCAGGCUCGGACAAGGGCAGAAGAGCGCAGUGAAGCGGUCAAUGCUGCCCGACCCGCGCAAGCGGAUCCUGCCGCCAGACCUGAAGCCAUUGCCGCGAUAGGGGACGCGGUCAACGCCCCGAAGACGAUCCUUGCCCGACCCACGCGAGUUGCAAGCAAUCCGUCUGCCGAAGAGCGCACCCGCGAGGCAGCAUCCGUGCCAGCCUCGGUCCCCAGGCCGCAGAAUGCGGCACAGGAUGCCAUUGCCCGAGCCUCCAACAGGUCUGGUUCCAGUCCGAACUCUUCUCGACCCGUGCCUCAGGACAAGCCGGCGCGCAAGAGUUCCCCUCCAGCACCCAAAAAUGCGCCGACAAUUCCGGCCCCUGCCCCCGUGCGACUGUAUCCGGUCGUGCCAAAGGAGCCGCAGGACACAAGGCACGAAGUCGUUCAAGACGCACCGCCAGCGUGGAACCGCUUCGUCGUCCAUCUCAAGGCUUCGCGCUCUCGCCCCAGACUCAACCGAUUCCAGCAGAAGCAGCUUGCUGCGCGGGUUGCAGCCAUGAGUGCCCCAGGCAGGCAUGUCUAUCCUCUCACUUGGGACCCGCCUCUCGCACAUCUGUCCAUGAAGACGCUGUCGCGAGACGACCAGCUUUUCCCGAAGCGAUACCACCGAGGUACCGUGAUCACGCCAGUCAACCUGCCGUCGCGGGUCCUGCCGCGCGGCCUUCCUUCGAUCGUGCCGCAGAUCGUAGCGCAGAACACUGCUUUUGGAACCAGGAAGCAGGCUCGCUUCGACCUGACUCCGCAGUGGUCCGAGCUCGACCGCGCCGGAUUUGGUGACGGAGCCGCGGUUGAGGGGCAAUCUGCCGGCGUAUCGCCCGGCGGUCAAAUCCAAGUGCGCCUGCCUGGCCACCACGCCACUGUCCUUCAACCUGGUGCCGUCGGCUCGGUACCCGACAGGCACGGCGCCGCAGCGACAUCGCGCCAUGUCGACCGCGCCACCGAUGCCAUCAUCGGCGAGGUCCUGUCUUCAGGCGGGGCUCCGCAGCAGUCCUCGUUCGAGGAUCGCAGCAGGGCGUUCCACGUCGGCGCUGCGCCUGGCUCCUUGGGUCCCCUCGACUACCCGCAAAACGGAUACGCGGCGGACGCCUUUGGCUCGCACAAUGCACCUGGCGCCUUCCGUGCCAAGGGUCGUCGAGGCUCCAACGCCGCCGUAGCCUUCUUCGACGAGCGCCAAGUCAACACGCCUUCUCCCGUGUCUUUCAUGGUCAACAGCGAGAUCAAGGCCGAGGCUGGCGGGCCGCGCGGCAGUCUGUCGCCGUUCGGCAUCCCUGGAUCUACCAGGGCCUCGCAGACCCAGACGCCUGCCAGCAGCGGCUCGAUGCUGCCCUCGCCAAGCCUCUCUACACAGGGAACGUGGGGCCAGAGUUCGCUCACCUUCCCAGUGCUCGAGCCUCGUUCUGCAAACCUGGCGGAUCGCGACCACAUCAAGAGCGUGUGGUCACUCACUACCAACUCGCACUCUGGCGAGUUGCAGAACUCCCUCAAGGACAUUGGCGACGACUUCUUGCCUUCCACCUUGCCGAUGAGCGUGCACGAUUUCCGCACCGACGAAAGCCGCUUGACCGGCGCGCGGGAGGAGGGCGGCGAUCGAUGGGGCUCGUCCUCGUUCAACCGUUUCCAGGCGUACGGCCGUGGCGCGUCCGAUAUGGGUGGCGACGGUCGUGACCUUUCGCCCGUGGCCAACCGACCGAAUGGAUUCGAUCCCACGUCUCGCAGCCCGUCUGCAAGCAUGGAUGCGUCGGGUGUUCGUGCGCGAGAGGCUGGCCAGCACCACUCGGUCUCGAGUGCAUACACGUCACUCGGCGGAAGCGCAGCAUAUGCGCAGCACUCUUCGCACCAGACCUCGCCGUACUCGCCGCGUGAGCGACAGCAGGAAGGCGGCAACGGACUUGCGCAGAGUGGCUUCAGCGCGUACGGCGGAUACUCGAGCGGCACGUCGGGCAACAUGUCAAGCAUGACCGCCGACGCUCUCUACGGCAUGUCGAACUACAGCGGCGGCUCAAUGACGCCGAACCGCACUUCGUACAGCCAGUACGGAUCGCAUGCGUCGGCGGCUCGAAGUGCGCCCGGAUCGCCGUACAGCGGCAUGAGCCGUCACACGAGCAAUCUGACGAGCUCAGUGGCGGGCUACUCGCUCUUCCCCAGCAGUGGUGCGGCGGGCGGCACUCGCGGCUCGCCCGCGAGCAAUGGCAUGGACGGGCUCGGCGUGCUGGACGACAGCAUGGGCGGCACGUUUGGCUCGGGACGCAAUGACUUCUACGGCGCGAGGGGAUACCAGCAGGCGUCGCGGUACGGGUCGGGCUCGCAGGCGCAGCCACCAUCAUCGGCGUCGGCGGCCAGCACGGGAGCCAAGUGGCCCGCGUCUUCCACUGCCUCGCCCAGCGCGAGCGGCAGCGUCUUACGGCCCGCAGCGAGCGUGUUCAAUCCGCAGCAGAAGUACUCUGCCGGUGCGCAGCAGAAGGCCAAGCAGCAGAGCCAACAGCAGGCCGCCCAGCAGCAGCACCAGGAACAGCAGCAGGAACGUGCAGACGACUCGGGUGCACACGCCUACGCAUCGCCGUACGCCUCGGCACCCUAUGCCGGCUUCUCGUCCACUCCCGGACUUUGGUAG